GAAGAUUGAAUGAUUGGAUGAGAAACGGUACACGUUUGGACUGGCAGCAGCACCAGAUAUAUAUAUUCCAAUUGCCUGCGCUUCUCAGAGAGUGAAAGGAAGGAAGGAAGAAAGAAUUGUGUUAAAUUAGAGAGAGAGAGAAAGGGAGUGAAGAAGCAGCGCAGAGAUGGCGAGCUCCAACUCUUUCAUCUCUCCACCACCACCAACAACAACAACAACAUCAAGUCCUUUCAUCCACAGAAGCCACCUGCUCCUCCUCCUCCCAAAACGCCAACCCUCUCUCCGAAGAAACCAUCGCCUCCUCUUCGCCGCCUCUCUCCCCAGAAAUUCUCCUCCUCAAGCACCCCACCCUCUCCCCUCUCUCGCUCUAUCCACCCUUCUUCUCACCUCCAACCCCUCUCUCUCUCUAGCAGCCAUUGACUCUCCCCCUUCACCUCCCCAGUCUGAGCCCUCCAUGGCCGUCCAGGCCCAGACCCAGCCGGCCGCCUCCCCCUUCGCCAACUCCCUGCUCUCUGCCCCCAAACCCCAAUCUUCCUCCCCUGACAUCCCGGAUGGCUCGCAGUGGCGUUACAGCGAGUUUCUCAACGCUGUCAAGAAGGGCAAAGUCGAGCGAGUUCGCUUCAGCAAAGACGGUGGCGUCCUCCAAUUGACAGCCGUUGGUGGCCGCCGAGCGACGGUGAUCGUCCCUAAUGACCCCGAUUUGAUCGACAUCCUUGCAAUGAACGGUGUAGACAUCUCGGUUGCGGAGGGGGAUUCGGGAAAUGGGCUUUUCAACUUCAUUGGUAACCUCUUCUUCCCUCUCCUGGCCUUCGGUGGGCUAUUCUUCCUCUUUCGUCGGGCCCAAGGCGGACCUGGUGGGCCUGGCGGGCUUGGCGGUCCCAUGGACUUUGGAAGGUCCAAGUCCAAGUUUCAGGAGGUUCCAGAAACUGGAGUCACAUUCGCCGAUGUAGCUGGUGCCGACCAGGCGAAACUGGAGCUCCAAGAGGUCGUUGAUUUCUUGAAAAAUCCAGAUAAAUACACUGCUCUCGGUGCCAAAAUUCCAAAGGGGUGUCUUUUGGUGGGUCCACCAGGCACUGGGAAAACCUUGUUGGCAAGGGCUGUGGCCGGGGAGGCAGGGGUGCCAUUCUUUUCUUGUGCUGCUUCCGAAUUUGUCGAACUUUUCGUGGGUGUUGGGGCGUCUAGAGUGAGAGAUUUGUUCGAGAAGGCCAAAUCAAAGGCACCCUGCAUAGUGUUUAUUGAUGAGAUUGACGCGGUGGGGAGACAGAGAGGGGCUGGAUUGGGGGGAGGGAAUGACGAGAGGGAGCAGACCAUCAAUCAGCUGUUGACUGAGAUGGAUGGGUUCUCCGGAAAUAGCGGGGUAAUUGUGCUGGCAGCCACCAACAGGCCCGACGUGUUGGACGCUGCAUUGCUCAGACCGGGGAGGUUUGAUAGGCAGGUCACUGUGGAUAGGCCUGAUGUCGCCGGAAGGGUGAAGAUCCUUCAGGUUCAUUCAAGAGGCAAGGCAUUGGCAAAGGAUGUAGACUUUGAAAAGAUUGCAAGAAGAACCCCUGGUUUUACUGGAGCAGAUCUGCAGAACCUAAUGAAUGAAGCUGCUAUCCUCGCGGCACGGCGAGACCUCAAGGAGAUAAGCAAAGAUGAGAUUUCUGAUGCCCUUGAAAGGAUCAUUGCAGGGCCUGAGAAGAAAAAUGCUGUGGUCUCAGAUGAGAAGAAGAAACUUGUUGCUUAUCAUGAGGCAGGACAUGCUUUGGUAGGAGCACUCAUGCCCGAGUAUGACCCUGUGGCCAAGAUCUCUAUCAUUCCCCGUGGCCAAGCAGGUGGUCUCACAUUCUUUGCCCCAAGUGAGGAGAGACUUGAAUCUGGACUUUAUAGCAGAAGCUACCUCGAGAACCAGAUGGCUGUUGCAUUGGGUGGAAGGGUGGCAGAAGAGGUAAUCUUCGGAAAGGAGAAUGUGACAACAGGUGCCUCAAAUGACUUCAUGCAGGUCUCUCGGGUAGCAAGGCAGAUGGUUGAGAGGUUUGGGUUUAGUAAGAAGAUUGGGCAGGUUGCAAUUGGAGGACCUGGUGGGAACCCAUUUUUGGGUCAGCAGAUGUCUUCACAAAAGGACUAUUCAAUGGCGACAGCAGAUGUGGUGGAUUCAGAGGUGAGGGAGCUUGUAGAUGAGGCAUAUUCAAGAGCAAAGCAUAUCAUAACCACCCAAAUCGACAUUCUCCACAAGCUUGCGCAGCUCCUCAUUGAAAAGGAGACAGUCGAUGGAGAAGAAUUCAUGAGCCUGUUCAUUGAUGGAAAGGCUGAGUUAUUUGUAGCAUAGACCAGCACACUAAAUAUUUCUGUAUCAUAUGCGUAUGCAUAUGCAUGUAUAUGUACACUGCAUGUUUCACAAGAGAAAUGAUUUAAUGGAAAGGCAUGUGUGUAAAAAGUUUAUAUAGAGCUGAGGCUCUAAACAAUCAAAUUAAAGCGCACGUCAAAAAUUUCUCUA